AUGAUCCCUAAGCUACUGUCCUUCCUGUGUUUCAGGCUAUGUGUUAGCCAAAGAGACAUAAGGGGAGAUGGGUCACUGCCCAAGCCCUCUCUCACUGCCUGGCCCAGCUCAGUGCUAUCUGCCCAGAGCAAUGUGAUCCUGCGAUGCUGGACUCCUACCAGGGGUGUGGACUUCAUUCUCAGAAAGGGAGGAACUAUUCUGUCGGUUCCAAAGUCACGUGAGUCUACAGAGGGCCUAGCUGAAUUUCACCUCAAUGAUCUCAAAGGCAGCCAGGCUGGAGAGUACACCUGUGAAUACUACAGAAAAGGGUCGCCUGACAUAAGUUCCCAGCGCAGUGACGUCCUUCUGCUGUUGGUUACAGGAUAUUUACCUAAACCUUCUCUCAGAGUCUACCAUCAGGUGAAGGUGACCGCAGGAGAAAAGGUGACACUUCAGUGCCAGAUGCCAGAUCGUUUAUUUAUGCCUAUCAUGUUCGCUCUACUGAAGGCAGGAACUUCAUUGCCCAUACAGUAUCGGAGUCCAACAGGGAGGGAGACAGACUUCUCCCUUGAGGACCUAACAGGCAGUGACACUGGGAACUACAGCUGCAUGUACUAUCAGCCAAGGGCACCCUUCCAGGCCUCAGACCCCAGUAAUCAGCUUGAGAUCUUGGUGACAGUCCCACCAACAGGCACUGUUUCUGGGGACUACACCCAGGGUAACCUGAUCCGACUGGGUCUGGGUGCCCUACUCAUGGUUAUUAUGGCAGCUCUCCUGUUUGAAGCCUGGUAUAGCCCGAAGGAGUCUCCAAGUGGAUCCAGCUAACAUAACUGAGCACUUUUCUUUUUUUAUGGGCUGUUGUAGA